CGUACGCGCCGCAGGAAGGUCGGCAAUUUCUCUCAUUGUCCUCGUCAUCGUUGUCACCGUCGUCGAUUGUCCGGUCGGGCGCAGUUCCCCCCCGUCGCUGGACCGUCGACAAAUAUGCGGAAAGGUUGGCCGAAGGGUGUCUGAAGAUGCAGCCUCGCUCGGCCCCUUCGUGCGGGACGGAAAUCGAGUCGCGUCCACGUUGUCGUCAUCAUCAUCGUCGUCGUCGUCGUCGUCCUGACGUCGGGACGCCGUCGUUACCGCUCGCUGGUCUGCAAAUCGGUCCCCCGGGACCGGCCACCGCCGAGGGAUGCUCGCGGAAAUGGUCCGGCUCUCCUACCAGCACAGGGCGUUCUACUGCUACGUGAUUCUGAGCGUGUGGAUCUUUCUGCUGGUCGCUGGUAUGUACAAGUAUAUCGGCGUAGAUGAGAAAACCUCGGUGCAGACGAGAGUACCGAGCAAUGAUUUGUCGCUACGGGAAUUCCCAAGAAAUUUGAAACCAGACACGAAGACGAAGAAGAUCUUUCGUUUCUGCAAUUUGCCGCACGAGAUAGCCGCGGACACCGAAGGGAAGCUCGACGGCAACCUGACGCUGAGCGGUAUCCUGAUCUUCAUCCGUCACGGCGACCGGGGUCCUCUCACGCACAUACGGAACAUAAGCAACAUAAAUUGCGGGGGCGGCGACCUCGGGACCGCGACCGACCUCGAGACGAUCUACGAGAACUACGUGAGCUUCGUGCAGAACGCGUCGAGCUACUCGCGAGCCGCCUGGGCCCAGUUCCUGGGCCCGUUUCACGGCCUCCCCGUGUUGCCGGCGAACGCGCGCGACUGCCGGAUCGGCCAGCUCACCACCCUCGGCGUUCUGCAGCUGCUGAAGACCGGGGCCGCGCUGAGAAACGCGUACUACCAUCGGCUCAACCUCGGCAACGGCACCUCUUUCGGCAAGGACGUUAUCGUCUACAGCACCUCCUAUCGCAGGACCGUGCAGAGCGCGGUCGCGCUGCUCUACGCGCUCUUCGAGAACGACGGCUUCCAGAGCUUGACGAGGAUCAGCCUGCAGGAGAGCCAGAGCUAUGCAUUCUGCGGCAACGAGUGCGCCUGUCCCGCCGCCGAGAAGUUCCUGAAACAGCACUUGAAGGAGACCUCCAACCAUCUGAGAUCCCAUCCGGCCGUCGGGGAGCUGAUCAAGCAGGCGGCGAGCGCCGUGUUCGAGCUGCCGGAUCAGGCGCAGACCUGCGAUCCGAACACGCUGCGGGACGCGUUGUUAACGUACGUGUGCCACGGCGCCUCGCUGCCGUGCGCGGACCUCGACUCUCAACGCACGUGCGUGAAGAUCGACCACGUAACCGGGCUGUUCGCCUACACGGACUGGGAGUCGAAGCAGGCCGCCAAGAGCACCAGCCGCAACAAGUACGGGCUGCUGAAGGCGUACGGGAUGCUGCGCGGCAUCGUCACCUUCAUGCUGCGCAUCAUCUCCGAGGCCAGGCCCAAGAUCGUCCUAUAUUCCGGCCACGACAAGACCCUGGAGUACCUCGCCACCGCCCUGGGCAUAGUCUCGGACGUGGCGACCCACUACGCCUCGCGUCUCGUCAUCGAGGUCUACAAGAUCAAUCCGCGGAACGACAAUCGCCUCGCCAGCGACUUCUACUUCCGCGUCGUCGCCAACGGCCGGGACCUCACGCCGAAGGUCCCGUUCUGCAGGAACGCGAACACCUACGUCAGCGACGACGGGGAACUGAGCGUGGGCAAGAAGGGCGUCAAGCUGUGCCCGAUCGAGAACAUCGUCAGGCAGCUGCACGACGACUAUUUCGUGCCGUUCAACGCGACGAACUUUAAGGACGCAUGUUCGAGUCACAAGAUGCGCUAAAAUUAACGGGCAUUCUCUAACUCGUUAAGCAAGAUCGAUCCCGUAAGAAAAUAGGCGAAUUAAAAGGAAUUAGAGAAAGAGAAAGAUAUACAUGUAUACAAUCGUCUUUGGUGGUAGUAAAUAUCUUAUCUUUGAAAUUAGAACUUCAAGACUUUAGCACUUUUUUAAAUUCUCUUUUAUCUCUUUUUAUCUUGAAUGUACUGGCCGUUUAAUCAUUACAUUCGUAAAUAUUAAACA